GUAUGAGUUGGACAGAACUUUCACACCCUUUUCUCAAUUGGAAAUGGUGUUUCUUCCAACAUAGACAGAAAGAAUGGGUGCAUUCUCAACCCAAACAACAGCAAUAUUGAAGCACCCAUCUCUCUCUCCAUCUGAGAGGGCCUCUGCUUCUCAUGUCUGCCUCUUCAAGAAUUGUAUUCCAGGGUGUUGUGGGUUUUCUGCAAUGAAUCAAUCUUUUUUCAGAGGGCAAUUUCAUACCAGACACUUUCUCCGGUAUAACUGGAACCGCGGAAGGAGAAAACAAUUAGUUAAAGGGUUUGUAGUUUCACCAAACUGUGUCCUUCCUUUAACGGAAGAGAAUGUGGAGAAGGUAUUGGAUGAGGUGCGGCCAGGCUUGAUGGCCGAUGGAGGGAAUGUGGCUUUGCACGAGAUAGAUGGUCUUAUUGUGGUCUUAAAGCUACAAGGAGCAUGUGGGUCAUGUCCAAGCUCAACAAUGACAUUGAAGAUGGGGAUCGAGACUCGGCUCCGAGAUAAAAUACCUGAAAUCAUGGAAGUCGAGCAGAUUCUGGACACUGAGACAGGACUUGAAUUGAAUGAGGAAAAUGUUGAAAACGUUCUUGAUGAGAUUAGGCCAUAUCUCACUGGGACAGGAGGUGGUGCACUUGAUCUUGUUCAGAUAGAUGAUUAUAUUGUAAAAGUCCGGCUUAGUGGACCUGCAGCUGGUGUAAUGACUGUCCGUGUUGCUUUAACACAGAAACUAAGGGAGAAGAUACCUGCAAUAGCUGCUGUUCAACUGAUAGAUUGAUGAGGGAAACUGUUUGAAGGAUCAUUUUAUGUAAAGCACAGAAAUGCAAAACGUUCAUGAAUUCAUAUUAGCCACAGAUGAAAGCACAAUUGGGAAUUCAAAUUUCCUCUGAGAAUGUAGUCCGUGCUUCACAUGUACUAGCAAUGUCAAUUGUUUUAUCAAAAAAAAAAAACAACAAAAAACUAGCAAUGUCAAUUACAAGAAAAUGAGCAGCUUGAUUCAAUGUGAGAUAUUUCUUUUCAUUAUGAUAUCUCUCGUUUUUUCUU